AUGAACACUGAGCAGAAGAAUAUACGAAACCGUGAGUCCAGUUCGGGACGACUGAAGAAGACAAAGUGGGAGGCGACUGCAAGAGAUAUUGAGAGGGCCGAGAGUUGUGAUAAGGGGAGAUUAAUCGUCUCUUCUAGUAAGUUGUCCAUUCUUGAGAUGAUUAUGUCCAUUGUGCACAUGAAUGUCAUACCAAGCUGCGAGAAUAAUCUCCCGCUAAUCCUUGGCGUGUCGAAAGCGGUGUUAAAACCGAAAGUGGUGGCGGAACCUUAUUCUCGCAGAAGCUAG